AUGGCCGGCGGUCUGGAGGUGCCUGCUGGGCAAGACGAGGUGACCGGGUCUGCCGAGACUGCCCGAUCAGAGCCGGCAGCCUCGGCGGACCCCAUUCCUGCUGGGAACACACACGCGACCCCCCCGGCUGUUCUGGAUGGUAUCCGAGCGAACUUGGCAAGCACUCAAGCGAGUGUGCCGUCGUCAGUCCCCGAGGAGAAUCACCCGGCGAACGAGAAUGCGAUGGAUGUUGACGAGGGGAAUGCGCCGGGCCAAGCAAAGUAA